AUGGCGACCACAGGCGAAGCAACGACGACCAACAAGCGAGUCAUAUUACGAGAUUACGUCACCGGUUUUCCCAAGGAAUCUGACCUCAUUUUCAACGAUACAACCAUCGAUCUAAAGAUUCCGGCAGGAUCCACGACGGUUCUGUUGAAGAAUCUCUACUUAUCUUGUGAUCCUUACAUGCGCAUUCGCAUGGGGAAGCCUGAUCCUUCCACUGCUGCUCUCGCUCAAGCUUACAAUCCUGGCGAGCCAAUCUAUGCGUUUGGAGUGUCUAAGGUGAUAGAUUCUGGACAUCCAGAUUACACAAUUGGAGAAUUGAUUUGGGGAGUUGUUGGAUGGGAAGAGUACACUACUUUUACUCCUACUCCUAACUCACACCACUUUAAGAUCCAACACACCGAUAUUCCUUUAUCUUACUACACUGGACUUCUCGGUAUGCCUGGUAUGACUGCUUAUGCUGGGUUUUAUGAGAUCUGUUCUGCUAAGAAAGGAGAGACUGUGUUCGUGUCAGCUGCAUCUGGUGCAGUUGGUCAGCUUGUGGGACAAUUAGCAAAGAUCAUGGGCUGUUACGUGGUUGGAAGUGCCGGAAGCAAUGAAAAGGUCGAUCUUCUCAAGAAAAAGUUCGGGUUUGAUGAAGCUUUUAACUACAAAGAAGAGCCUGACCUCGAUGCAGCUCUCAAAAGGUGUUUUCCGGAAGGAAUAGACAUAUAUUUUGAGAACGUAGGAGGCAAUAUGCUAGACGCAGUGCUCCUAAACAUGAAGAUACAUGGUCGUGUCGCGGUAUGUGGAAUGAUCUCACAGUACAAUCUAGAGAACCAAGAAGGUGUACACAAUCUACCAACCGUACUCUACAAGAGGAUUCGGAUUCAAGGUUUUGUGGUCUCUGAUUACUUCCACAAAUACUCUGAGUUUCUGGAUUUUGUGCUUCCGUAUCUAAGAGAAGGGAAGAUAGCUUAUGUUGAGGAUGUAGUCGAAGGACUUGAGAAUGGACCUUCUGCUUUGAUUGGACUCUUCCAUGGUAAGAACGUGGGGAAACAACUCAUAUUGGUGGCUCGUGAUUGA